AUGGCCAUUGAAAAAGAAAAUAUACCGAUAAUUGAAUUAUUGAUAAGAAAAGGAGCUGAUACGGAUGUACUUCCGGCAAUUGGGAAGGCUGCUUUGGAAAUUGCUUGUGAUAAGAAGAAUAUUAAAAUCAUUGAGAUAUUGAUUGCUGCAGGUGAUGAUGAAAUUAAAAAAUUUGAUAUUAAUAACUCACUUCAUUGUGCAGUUAUUCAAAAUAAUUAUGAUAGAAUCGAAAACCUAGUCAAAAAUGGAGCGGAUAUUAACAACACUGUAUAUUUCUAUAAUACACCUUUAAUUUUAGCCAUAGAAGACGGCAAUAAACCAGUGGUAGAAUUAUUAAUUAAGAAUGGAGCUGAUGUUAAUUUUGUCACUGAAUAUGGAAAAUCUGCGAUUGUUGUGGCCUUUCAAAACAAUUUUUCAGAAUUAGUUGAAAUAUUAAUGGACGCAGGAGUUGAUAUCAAUUAUGACUCUGGACCACGAGCCCCGUUGAACCGAGCAAUUCAUACAAAUAACUAUGAAUUAUGUGAAUAUUUAAUACAACGCGGUGCUAACGUUAACGGUUUUAAUGUUGGAGAAAGUUCGCCAUUACAGGCAGCCGCUGGAAGUGGAAACAAAAAAUUGGUUGAGUUACUGAUCAAAAAUGGUGCAGAUACGCCGGUUCAGAUGUUAUUAUAUCGCUAG